GAUGUCAUGAAACGAGGAAAAUAAGAAUGUUGGGUGUACUCGCAGCGGGAAAACAAAGUAAGAAAGGAUUUCUGCGUCAACGUGAUCAUUCCUGGAUUCUUGGCAUUUUUGCUGUUUGUGUCUAGAUAGACGCUUUGAGAUUUAUGACUUCAUGGGACACUGGCGCAGGACUUGAGAUGGAUAUCCCCUUUCGUGAACUUGGUACUUUGGAACGCUUCUAUAUUGCUCGCAAUAAUCUCAAAUUUUUCAACUCCAGCACUGUCACUGCCAUCUACCAGCUCCCUGCCUCUCUAUCUAAACAAUCACUUCUUAAUCUCCCAUAUUUCAAAGCGCUCAUCUACAAAUCCGUCGCCUCAACUAUCCUUGCUCAUCCUUUCCUCUCUGUCAGCAUAGAGGGGGAAUCUUCAGCAAACCCUCGAUGGAUCCAUCUCUCAAGAAUCAAUCUCAGCAAGGUCGUUCAAUUCGUCCAUGUGAAUCCAGAGAAUGGGAUUGAAACAUUCAUUGAAGAAGGUCUUCAGAGAGGGUUUGAGAAUGAAGCGGAAGGCAAAGGUCCUCUCUGGAGGGUCUUCAUGGCUUCUCCAGGGUUCACUGAUGAAACCAACAGAGCUACUGCACCGGGAGACCAAGACAUAAUCAAUUUGGCAGUUGGCUUCUUCUUCCACCACGCAAUCUGCGACGGACUAUCAGGCGCCAGUUUUCAUAAAACUUUCCAAUCACAUCUCAACUCUCUCCUCGCGAGUGCCACUCUAUCAGACUUUGGCUCGAAAUGCGUGGAUCCUACAACUAUAGAAACACUAUUGGAGGUGCCUAGGCAGCUCCUACCGCCAAAUAUGGAAGAAGCCAUCAACCUAACUACAUCCAUCUCCUUCCUUCUUCGGCGGCUCUUCUUGGCCGUUCUGUAUCCUACAGACCGUCUAAAAUGGACAGGUCCGCUCAUCCCACAGAACAUCCCGCCUCGGCGACUGGCCCGCAUAAAAUCAUUCUCUCUGGAUUCUGAAGUAACAGAGAAGCUAGUCACGAGAUGUCGAAAAGAGAAAACGACCAUUACCGCACUUGCGACUGUGCUACUGGCGAGAGAAUCGGCGCAAAUCUUUGCAACUGAGGAGUCUAGCAGGUUUGAGGUUCCAAUCGCUAUUUCAAUGAGAAGGCUUGCUGUAGCGCAUAGCGGUGUCACUGAUGAUACUAUUGGCGUAUAUGUCUCGGCCGCAAAACCCAUAUUUUCUUGCGAGAACCCAACGCCAAGGGGGUAUAUUUCUUGUUGCUCUCCCUCAUCGCCUGGGUUAGAAGGAAGUGACGAACAACUAUGGGAUUCCGCGCGUGAAACCAGACAAUACAUAGCAACGGCAACAAAUUCUCCCGCAGAUCAGGAUAUAGGGGCACUGAAGUUGAUCCGCGAUUUCCAGAAGUAUUUCACUGGCUUACUUGGUGGAAAGAGGCAGAGUGCUUUUUUGCUUACGAAUUUGGGGGUUGUUGAGGGCACUAGUGGUGAUCGCGAUCUCACUGCCAAGGCAACCCUUAGCAAGCUGUUCUUCGCGAACAUGCCGUCAAUGUAUGAUGGACCUCUUUUGCUUGCUAUGGCGACAGUAAAAGGAGGAGAUAUGACUCUUUGUCUCGGCUCUGAAAGGGGCGUUAUAAGUGAGGACCAUGUCAAUAUUAUUAGGAACAAUUUGGAACAUCGACUUAGAAGCAUUGCGAAUGAAUAAGGUGGUGGUACCGAGUUAUUUCAGCUGAUUUCAUAGAAUAACGAGCCGGCGACAAUGACCUGGGAGUUGCAGUGCAAAUUUGGGCCUGGAGGUUAGCCGCAUAAGGCGAGAUCUCGUGACCCACCAGAAAAAAAUAAUCCACCAGCCGUAAAAAAUGGAAGCUAUAGCACUCAGCACCUGUAGAAUUUGACCCCUCAAGUGUUGUGAAUCAUUCAGAAGAUGCGUGAAUCACUCAAUUAGGCCCUGUUUUCAGAGGUGAAUGCAGCAAGUGAAUGUAUUCAAUCACGGCUCGAGAAGCUACA